GGGAAGCGGAUUCCGAACGCACGCAUCCCUUCCCACCCCACCACCGCCCGCCGGCUGAAGCGCCGCGCGCAAGCCAGUCGCGCGCCGACCGCCGCCACGGGAACACGUCCUGGCAAACCUGUGCCGGUGCCCCACGCACCCGCCCUGACGUUGUGCAGUGAACGAGAUCGAACAUACGCUGUGAUUUGUUUUCAGUGCAGGUUGCGACCAACAGUGAUUGUGAACGUGACAAAUAAAAAAAUUGUGAAUUGAGUGCACUAUGCGGUUGUAUACGUUAUGAAUGGUCUGGACCGCUGCUUCUUCGAUCAACGUGAGUCGCAACAGCAUGGGGAUGACUGCGGUUACAGUUAUAUAAGCCUGGGCCGCCUGCACCCGUACGGCUCGGGCAGCGGCUCCAGCAGCGGCAGCGGGCGCCGGCGCACGCGCCGCGGCUUGUCCGACUCCCCCACCGCGCCCACCACCCCCACCUCCGCGUCCGACAACGCGUCCGACGCCACGCUCACCGACUCCGAGCUGCCGCUCGCGCGGGACUCCACGCUUCUGGUGCAAAACGGCAUGCUGAGAUCUACCUACGACCGCCCAGAUCACGAACGUUGUCUACUGGAAGGAACCCGGCCGCCGCCCGAUGUGCCGCCCCGCAACCCGACCAUGUCCCGACUGAACGGCCGCAUCACCGGCAACCCCGCCGACCUGGUCGACUUCGAGCCCUCGUGCCUCGUGCGCACCCCCUCAGGAAACUUCUACGUGCCUUCAGGGGACAUACAAAAGAAUCCGUCUAUGGACUACAAGUCAAACUCGUCGUGCAGUAGUCCAGGGAAACAAGAAAAAGGAACCUUAGAGAGGAUGGACAGGAGCGACCGACAUCCCGCCUUCGGUGUGCCCGUGCCCGUUCUACCCGUUAGGAACAACCUCAGGGCGACCCACUUUCCCCCGGCCGCCUCUCGAUUUCACUUCAGAAAGGGCCUAUCCUCAAGAUGCUCAUGGAAGUGUACUGCCAUCGUGUUUAUAGUCUUAUUUGUCCUUCUUUUAUCUAUUGCCUCCUAUAUGUCAGCGUCCUAUUUUACUGACAACUGGUCAUAUCAAAACCCAAAGCCUUGUUCAGUGAUAGUUGGUGAUACAACGGAUAAGUUCCCAGCAUCGAAAGUGCCGACAAUCGAGUCAACUAAUAAAUCUUUAACAAGACCUUCCCAAACUUCAACAUCGUCAAGCUCAGGUAAAGGGGAAAGUCACUCGCGCCCUCGUAGAAGUAUAGAUGGGCAUGCUUCUUUACCUUCUGUUUCUUCCACGGAUUCUUUUCCUGUAGAUGUGCAUGAAUUAAUCACUUCACCUUCUGAGACCACUAGUAGCUUAGUGCAUGGUGUGUCAACGGAGGAGUCUGUCAUACAGCAAACGGAAGUUACGACGGUUUCUAACGAUGCUUCUGUGUCUAGUGUUGGUGUUUCGGUUAAUACUGGUGAUCUAACAAUUAAUAACACAACGCUUAAACAAAUAACGACACUCACGCAAAAUACCGGAUCUACUGAGACUUCACGGGUUGCUACUAAAACAACAACAGCAUCGCCUAAAUAUGAAUUCAAAAUUAACGCCGACAAAAAAGUGGAAAUCCCUCCCGAAAUUGGAUUAAAAAACAAAAACAAUAUUGCUUAUGAACCUAAAGAUAUGCAAGGUGAUUCAUCCCCUUCAAUCUAUUCUUAUGGAGUACAAAAGCUUCGAUACCUUAAACUAUUUACGAGAUUAAAUGAAGUUAAGGAGGAGUUACAUAUUUAUCCAAAUGAUCCCAAUGAAUUGGCCGCUGACCUUAAAAAAUACCACUACGAAAGGGAUCGCAUUAGCCCCACUAAUAUAGAGAUGAGUGUGACAAAUCCAACUUCUCCGUCAACUCCACCUUCUACAGCAGCGAUUGUACAAGUAAAAAAUUCAAGUUCAACUGAACACUUCACAAAUCUACCCACGGCAAGUCCAGUUAUGUUUACAACACAUAACGCUUUUCUUAAAGAUGAGCACGUUUUUGAUAUAACACAGUCUUUACUGAGUGUUACUAACAGUUCAGAUUUUGUAAGCACUACCAGCAGCACUACAACUGAACCUGAAGCAAAACCUACUACUGCAGAGCCUUCAACAAUAAACAUUGCUACUGAAUCAAAAACAUCAGAACCAAUAACAAGCGCUAAACAUGUUUUGAUAAAUCUAACUAUAUCUUCAGAUGACGCUAACAACGACUCAUAUAAACCUCUCUAUUCAUUAACUGUAACAGUUCCUACAGUUGGUGAUAGUAAUGAAAUACCUACUAUAAAAAUAACGCCAAUGGAGACCGAGCCAACUAUGCCUACAAAUUUCAAUAAACCUGUGACAGUGGAAAAUCCUGUAAAGACGACAAAAACUUUAGCGAAUACAGAAAAUUGGGGAGGGAGUUGCGAAUGUUCUUGCCCUGUUUGUGACUCUGGUAUCAAAACUGACGAACUCUAUGAUGAUUAUAUGGAUAAAUCGACCACACCUAGAGCUACUCCCGAAGUUGUAAAAGAUAUUACAGAAUCAAUUUCUUAUAAGAACACAACGUUAACAUCUAAUUUGCAAAAUGAAAAUCCUAAAAUUGUAAUCGCAACGACAGAAUACCCAGAAACAACUUCAGCUGAUUAUUCAACGACAGAAUCUGUUGAAGACUUUUCUACAAAUUCGGAUAUAGCUAAAACAACCGAUCUAACUACGUCAGAUUCAACAGAACCAAGCACUUCAGAUGACUUGACAACGACAGAUUUUAAUACAGAAUCAGAAACGUUUACAACUACAGUUGCUCCAAAAUGCAUUUGCCCCAAAGUAAAGCCUCCACCAAUUCUUAUAUUGGAAGGUUCCGUACGAACGUUCCCAAUGCAGUCUUUCCCUCCCGAUGGGACGACGUUUACGCAAAUUACUUUAGGUGAAAAAUUAUCAAAAGAAAUCCCUCCAUAUAGUUACUGGAAUAUGCAAUUUUACCAAUCGGAAGCUGCUUACGUGAAAUUCGACUACAUGAUACCUCGGGGGGCGUCCAUAGGCGUUUAUGCGAGACGGAACGCGCUGCCGACGCAUACUCAAUAUCACUUCUUAGAAGUCCUAAGCGGAUUUAAAGCUCGAACUACGAGGGCUUCACAUCCAUCCGUUAAGAAAGAAGUUACCCAUUACAUGGAGCAAGGUCAUUGGUUUUUAUCCCUCUACAAUGACGAUGGAGAUCCACAAGAAAUUUCUUUCAUAGCCAUGGUCGCUGAUGACAUGACGCACAACUGUCCGAACGGAUGUUCCGGUAAAGGAGAAUGCCUAAUGGGUCAUUGUCAGUGUCAGCCAGGCUUUGGAGGAGACGAUUGCAGUGAGAGUGUUUGCCCUGUAUUAUGCAGUCAACGGGGAGAAUACAUAAAUGGAGAGUGCCAAUGCAACCCUGGCUGGAAAGGCAAAGAGUGCUCCUUACGCCAUGACGAAUGCGAAGUGCCCGACUGCAACGGACAUGGCCACUGCGUCAAUGGAAAAUGCUCUUGCGUUAGAGGUUAUAAAGGAAAGUUCUGUGAAGAAGUCGAUUGUCCUCAUCCAACUUGUUCGGGCCAUGGUUUUUGCAUCGAAGGUGCUUGUGUGUGUAAGAAAGGGUGGAAAGGUCUGGAUUGUGCCACAAUGGAUAAGGACGCUCUACAAUGCUUGCCGGAUUGUUCAGGACACGGGACAUUCGAUGUUGAUACUCAGACUUGCACUUGUCAUGCUCGGUGGUCGGGUGAUGACUGCUCGAAAGAAGUUUGCGAUCUAGACUGCGGCCCACAUGGAAGAUGCGUCGGAGAAUCCUGCGUUUGCGAUUCAGGCUGGACAGGAGAAUAUUGCACAUCCAAACUUUGUGAUGCACGAUGCAGCGACCACGGCCAAUGUAAAAACGGCACUUGUCUCUGCGUUUCUGGUUGGAAUGGACGUCAUUGCACAUUGGAAGGGUGUCCUAGAGGCUGCGCAGGACAUGGACAGUGUCGAGUUGCAAAUGACGGUCAUUGGGAGUGUAAAUGCUUCGACGGAUGGGAUGGUCCAGACUGCACUACGUUGAAAGAACAAGUCUGUGAUGAUUCUAAAGAUAAUGACAAAGAUGGCUUGGUAGACUGCGAAGAUCCAGAAUGUUGUCAGAGCGCCGCUUGCAAGGGCAGCCAGCUUUGCGUGUCCUCGCCCAAACCAACGGACAUUCUUCUCAGAAAACAACCUCCUGCGAUCACAGCAUCCUUCUUCGAAAGAAUGAAGUUCCUUAUUGACGAGGGUAGUCUCCAAAACUAUGCUAAACAGGAAACGUUCAACGAAAGUCGUUCCGCGGUCAUAAGGGGUAGAGUGGUCACUUCCCUGGGUUCCGGUUUAGUCGGCGUGAGGGUGUCCACUUCUACGCCCUUGGAAGGGUUUACAUUAACGAGGGAGGACGGUUGGUUCGACCUCCUUGUGAAUGGAGGGGGCGCCGUCACUCUUCACUUCGGGAGGGCGCCCUUCAAACGAUCCACGCAAGUUGUGUUCGUGCCUUGGAAUGAGGUUGUGAUAAUUGAUGAAGUUGUGAUGACCACGUUGGACGACAAGGGUGGCAUGGGCCCCCCACAGGCGUGCCUCGCUCACGACUACGACGCUAUGAAGCCUGUUGUGCUGGCUACAUGGAAGCAUGGCUUCCAGGGCGCUUGUCCGGAUAAAAGUGCUAUACUUGCUGAGUCUCAGGUCGUCCAAGAGAGCUUACAAAUCCCAGGAACCGGCCUCAACCUCGUGUACCACAGCUCGAGAGCUGCAGGAUACCUCUCCACAAUACAACUUCAGCUCACUCCGGAAAAAGUACCAGCAACAUUGGCCCUAAUUCAUCUGAGGAUUACUAUUGAAGGAAUUCUGUUCGAAAAGAUCUUCGAAGCAGAUCCAGUCAUCAAGUUUACAUAUCCAUGGAACAGACUCAAUGUAUACAGACAAAGAGUGUAUGGAGUGACAACAGCCUUAGUGAAAGUUGGGUACCAAUACACAGAUUGUAAGGAUAUUAUCUGGAAUGUGCAGACGACGAAACUGAGCGGUCACGAUAUGAGCAUUUCUGAUGUUGGUGGAUGGAAUCUGGAUAUACAUCACAGAUAUAAUUUCCAUGAAGGUAUACUCCAAAAGGGCGAUGGCACAAACAUUUACUUGAAACACAAGCCUCGUCUCAUAAUAACAGCUAUGGGCGAUGGUCGCCAACGGGCACUGGACUGCGGCAAUGAAUGUUCCGGAUCCGCUGUGAAGCAAAGACUGCUGGCUCCUGUAGCACUCGUAGCAGCGCCCGAUGGUUCCAUAUUUGUGGGAGACUUCAAUCUCGUCAGGAAGAUCAACACAGACGGCACUGUUCGAACUGUUGUCAAAUUGAACGCUACACGGGUUUCUUACCGAUACCACAUGGCUCUAUCGCCUUUAGAUGGAACUCUUUAUAUAUCCGAUCCCGAGUCCCAUCAAAUCAUCAAAGUGCGCAAUACUGACGACUUCAGCGAUCCAGAAAGAAAUUGGGAGACUGUAGUGGGAUCAGGAGAAAGAUGUCUUCCAGGUGACGAAGCGCAUUGCGGCGACGGUGCUCUGGCAAGAGAUGCUAAAUUGGCUUAUCCUAAAGGCGUCGCUGUUUCAACUGAUAAUGUUCUAUACUUUGCUGACGGUACGAAUAUUCGAAUGGUGGAUAGAGAUGGUAUCAUCACAACAGUUAUUGGAAAUCAUAUGCACAGAGCUCAUUGGAAACCUAUACCAUGUGAAGGGACGUUAAGCGUAGAAGAAGUCCACUUGAGGUGGCCGACAGAACUAGCUAUCAAUCCUCUAGAUAACAGCUUGCACAUCAUCGAUGACCAUAUGAUUCUGCAAAUGGCCCCAGAUGGAAGAGUGAAAGUAAUUGCUGGACGACCACUUCACUGCCCGUCACCUUUAACAGGUUAUGACAUGGAACUAGCAACAUAUGCUACACUUGUAAUGCCACAAAGCAUAGCGUUUGGCGCGGCUGGUGAUCUAUAUGUCGCAGAAAGUGACUCACAAAGAAUCAAUAGAGUCAGGCUAAUCACUACUGACGGGAAGAUAUCCUUAUACGCCGGUGCCGAAUCCAAAUGUAAUUGCCUAGAACGAGGCUGUGAUUGUUUUGAAGCGGAUCAUUUCCUAGCAUCUAAUUCUAAAUUCAACACUAUCUCAGCGGUAACUGUGAGCCCCGACGGUAUUGUGCAUAUUGCUGAUCAAGCCAACUAUAGAAUUAGAUCAGUUAUGGCUAGCAUUCCGGAUGCAAGUGGUGUACGGGAGUAUGAAAUUUACGCACCUGACACACAAGAAACUUAUAUAUUCAAUAGAUUCGGACAACACGUAAUGACCAAAAAUAUUCUCACUGGCGAAAAUAACUACGUGUUUACCUAUACUGUUAACACAAGUAAUGGAAAGCUUAGCACUGUGACUGAUGCUGCGGGUAACAAAGUCUUCUUACUACGUGAUUAUUCCAGUCUAGUGAAUUCAAUAGAAAACACGAAGGGUCAGAAAUGUAGACUUAAAAUGUCACGAAUGAAAAUGCUUCAAGAAUUACGUACACCGGACAAUUUCAAUAUGACCUUUGAUUACCAUGGCACAACUGGAUUAUUAAAAGCAAAAUAUGACAGCACUGGUAGAAGUUACAUUUACAAAUAUGAUGAAUUUGGAAGAUUAACCUCGGCUGUUACUCCAACAGGAAGAAUAAUUAAUCUAACAUUCGAUUUAAGUCUGAAAGGCGCCACUGUGCUUGUAAGUGAAAAUAACAGGAAACCUGUUUCAAUACUUAUAAAAGGUUCAUCAGUAAAAACAAAGGUUGGAGAAGCAGAAACGAAAACAAUUAUUUCAACGGAUGGCAGUAUAUCAUCUAGUAUGCCAUGGGGUCAUAUCAUAUCGACUGACACUGUUCCCUACACAAUUCUUUCGGAGAUUGAUCCAAUACUAGGCGAAAGUUAUCCCGUACCUGCUAAACAGAGAACUGAAGUUGGUGGUGAUUUAGCUAACCGCUUUGAAUGGCGAUAUUUCUUACGAAGACUGCAAUCUAAUAAAGGAAAGAGCAGCAAAGCGGUGGCUCAGAUAGGUCGCAAACUACGAGUUAACGGAGAAAAUCUAUUGACACUUGAAUACGAUAGAGAUACCUCUACCGUUGCAGUAUUUAUGGACGAUAAAGUAGAAUUAUUAAAUGUCACGUAUGAUAGAAUGGCAAGACCGGUUAAGUGGGGACCUAGAAGUGGUAUCUUCGCUGAAGUUGAGCUUGAUUAUGAUAGGUUCAACCGGCUCACUAGUUGGCGUUGGGGUGAAUUGAAUGAGACUUAUGGAUACGAUAGAGCAGGAAGAUUGCACGAAAUUAGAAACGGUGAUGGUUCUUCUUUGGCGUACUCUUUCAGAGAUAUGUUUACGAGUUUACCGCUAAAAGUGACAACGCCAAGAGGCAGUGACUAUCUUCUCGACUAUGAUGACUCUGGUGCACUUCAGAACCUUACCACGCCUAGAGGCCACAUUCAUACAUUUGCUUUAAUGACUUCUUUGGGUUAUUUCAAGUACCAAUACUUCUCACCAAUGAAUAGACAUCCUUAUGAAAUUUUGUAUAACGAUGAUGGUCACAUUUUAGCAAAGAUAUUCCCUCACCAAUCGGGCAAAAUCCUAUACGUGUACGAUAGCACCGGAAAACUAGAAACCAUACUGGCCGGUGCAUCAGCUAUUCGAUAUGUUUACCAUGAAAACACUCAUCUCGUGAAAAAUGUUGAAAUAUCCGACCCAGAUUACGAAUUACGACAAGACUAUAAAUAUCACGCAGGCAUUCUGAAAGACGAAAAGAUGAAAUUUAAUUCAAAGAGUGGACUGAACAAUGCUCAUUUCAAGUAUCAGUAUGACGGCAAUGCGCGACUUUCUACAAUAGACAUGAACAUUAAUAGUAAAGAAAUGCCGCAACUGAGGUUGAAGUACAACCAAAAUCUCGGUAUUCUUGAAGGCGUAAGCGAUUUGCGAAUUUACAGAAACACAUUCAAUCGUUCAGUAAUGCAGGACACAAGCAAACAAUACUUUACGAUUACCGAUUACGAUGAUCAUGGCAGAAUCAAAACGGUUCUCAUGAACAUCAAAUCUUUCGACGUAUUCCGCCUCGAACUGGAAUACGAUGUGAGGAAUCGAAUUAAAUCGAAGAAGAUGAUGAUUGGCGACACUUCAUCUAACGAACGAGUUAGUUACAAUUACGAUGGACACCUCAUGGAAGUGGUCGGAUCUGAGGAUGAUUGGAAAUACGUUUUUGAUGAGAACGGCAACAUCAUUGGCAUCAUCGAGCACGGAGAAAAGCGGUAUCUCGGAUACGAUAUCGGCGAUAGAGUUGUACAGUACGGCGACAUUGAAUUCAGCAGCUACGACGGACGUGGUUUUGUUAUAAGACGCGGAGAGCAAAAGUACCGUUACAACUCUCGCGGACAAUUCGUCCAUGCAUUUGAAAGAGAUAAAUUCCAAAUGUGGUACUUCUACGAUGAUAGGAAUCGGCUCGUCGCUUGGAAGGACGAUAAAGACAACAUAACACAAUUCUUCUACACAAAUCCUCAAACGCCCAAUCUCAUUACGCACAUGCAUUACCCGAAAGCAGAAAAGACUAUUCGAUUCUUGUAUGAUCAAAAAGAUUUCUUAACCUGUAUUGAAACUGAGGAUCAACGUUUCUACGUUGCUACUGAUCACAACGGAUCGCCACUUGUCAUAUUUGAUGUAAACGGAGAAAUAAUAAAAGAAAUCAAACGCAGUCCGUUCGGAAAGAUAGUCAAAGAUACUAAUCCAGGAUUUUACUUACCCAUCGAUUUCCAGGGUGGAAUAUUUGAUUACAACACCAACCUGGUUCACUUGGAAAACCGGUUGUAUGAUCCAGUAGUCGGGCAAUGGAUGACGCCAAGCUGGGAACAUUUAGCAACCAAAUUAAGUUUGCCUACAGAUAUAUUCAUAUACAGAUUUAGAAAUAAUGAUCCUAUAAAUCGAGAUCAGAAUGUACCUUAUAUGACAAGUUUAUCUAGCUGGCUCCAACUUUACGGAUAUGACUUGGAAAAGAUGAUGGGCGCGAAAUACAUAACUGAUAUGAUAUUCCAACCGAAGACAUCAGUAACUGCACCUCAACUUGCUCCUGACUUUGGUGUCAUGUCUGGCCUCCAAUGUAUCAUUGAAAAGGUUAACGACAAACUAUCGGACAUCGAAUUUGUUCCAACACCUUUACUAAAAAUGGAACCAAUCACAAGAAAUCUCCUUCCAAGAGUUUCGUACAAACGUGGUGUUUUCGGCGAAGGUGUCCUUAUAUCUAGAGUGGACGGCAAAGCGUUCAUAAGCGUAGCCGAUGGUGCAAAUAGCGUUGUAGAAGACGUUAUUACAACUGUAUUCAACAACUCGUAUUUCUUGGAUGUCCACUUUAGCAUUCACGAUCAGGAUGUAUUUUACUUUGUAAAGGACAAUUCUCUGAAGAUUAGAGACGAUAUGGAAGAACUAAGACGGUUGUCUGGCAAAUUCAACGUAUCGCAAGAUGAGACAAACGAUCAAGGAUUAGAGGUUCGAGUGCAUGCAGUUGGCAAAGGUUCCGCCCAAGCGGUGAUAGUCUUGCGGUACGGAGUGGAUCCAGCACAAGAACGCAUCAAACUUCUAAAGCACGCUCACAAAAGAGCUGCCGCUCGGGCGUGGGAGAGAGAGAAGGCUUUAGUGGCCGCUGGCUGGGAAGGAAGAGGGUCCUGGACCGAAGAGGAAAAGGAGGAACUCAUUUCCCAUGGUAUAGUGGACGGAUGGGCGGCCAGGGAUGUCCACUCCGUCUCCAGAUACCCGCAAUUGGCAGACGACCCUGCGAACAUUGUCUUUGUUCGCGACGGAAGAAGGAAACGAAGAAAGAGCGGCCGCGCGCGUCAUCGCUCGUGACUUCGCUAAUCGUGCCAUAAAACCGCGCCAUUUUACGUUUCGCGCCAAAUCAAGAUGGCGGUAAUGUUCGAAUACGCGUAGGAAGUUUAAUUUACUAUUUUUAUAGGACUGACGUUUUUCGGUGGACUAUGUGUGUGAAAUUCUUGUGAUGGACGUAGUGUAGACGCAUUUAGGUUUCUCUGGACUGAUGGAAAGUUUCUAUUGAGGCGGAUCGGUGAGCCUAGGCUUUGCGAAGCGGACAAAUGGAUACAUUUGAAUCUCUAGAUAGUAGGACACUUUUGGUUGCUUAACCUUAGUGAAAAAUACCCUUUUUAAAACCCUAUGUUUUAUAAUACACUCACUUAAUCGAUCUUUAAUGAAUCUCUCUUGAAAUACUUACGACAGGGUAACGAGUCAUUAAAAAAAACAUUUAAAAUAACGCUUAAUAAUGAACUGAGCAUAAUAUUUUAAAAACUGAAAAUACUCAUACUCGAUCACAAUUUAUUAACCAAUUUUUGAUAUUAUUUUACAUUAUUUUUAAUCCUAUAUACGUACGUCGCUUAGAUUAAUGUAAUUUUUCACGAAAAAUCAUGUAUUCCUAAUGUAUUUUAGCCAAAUAUUUUUCUUUCGAUCCCUACAAUUAGGUAUUUGUAAAUAGGUAAUAUUUUAUUCUUGUAGUGGUUCCUUUUAUAUUUAGACCUAAGGCCCUUCUAUUACUUCGCAAUACUACCUAUACUAUGUAAGCAAUCAAUUUAUAUUUUAACUAAUCAUCUUAUUAUAUUGACCCAAUAUUUUUAUUUUAUAUAUAAAGUUAGGUACACUAAAAGAAGUUCCCAUAAUCACAAAAGUAGAAAUAUUUAGAACAAAUUUUCACUUGAGCAUUCAAAACAAUAUUUAAUAUUUUAAAUAGCUCUAAAUAAGACAAAUUUUAUCACAGUAUUUUUUAGGUUUUUUUUUUGUAUUCAUACGAAGUUCACAAUUUAUUAUUUAUUAUUUUAUUUACAAUUUUUUUUACUUCAAUGAAUUUUGCUUUUUAGUAACAAGAACAAAGAUUAAUAACAAUUAUUGUAUAGUUUAUUUACCUACAAUAUUUUUUUAAUGAAGUAAUAAUUUGUUAUUGUUUUUUUAUUUAUCAAAAAAUAGUUUUUGCUUCAUGUAACCCUAACAUUUAGUCCUUAAAUAAAUAGGAAAGAUAAAAUUAAAAAAAAAGUAACGUUGAUACGUAACACUGCAUGUGUUGUGCAAUAAUCGAACGGUAGUCCUUCAAUAACCGACUAGGGUCAAUACUUCUUGCUGACUUAUCUUAGACUGACUAAUUUUACUCAACGUUUUUUCCUAUUUUUUUUUUGUAUGUGGUCAUUGUGCGCUCUGAAUACCUGAAAAGAAUAUAGUAUGUACAAUAUUAUAAAAGUGUUUUUGUAUAAUAAUAUAUUUAAUUAUUUAAGUAUAAUAUGUAUUCAGUAUACAGAAAUAAAGAAAAUAAUAAAAUAAAUCAAAUAAAAUUGAAUUGUAUUGUAGUACUAUUUGUCAGAUAUAAAACAAUGAAUAAUAAUUCCAAUUCUGGAGACUAAAAACCAAUAAAUUGUAAAAUCUUGAAGUAAUGCUAUCAUUUUCACCGGAAAAUAGAGUGUGAAAGAUGGAACUACUUUCAGAGUUCGCGAUUUAGUACGUUUACAACAGAAUUGUCAUGAUUGUGAAUAUUUUUUUUUUUAAUUAUAAUAGGCGUCUGUGACCUCAAAAUUUUAAAUUGGUGUUUGUGCAAGUCGCUGUAGUCGUAAGCGUGUCGUAAGUCAGUAAGAAGAAUAUUAUGUAAAAAAAAUUGUAGAUUUAUUAGGGUAUAUUGUAUGUCCAUAAAUGUGUCUCAUUUAAAUUGUGGUGUCUAUUCCGUGUUAGAAGUAUUAAUUUAAAUGCUAGAUGACUGAGCGAUUGGUGAUAAGGCGUCGAUAUUUUUUACGAGGAGUUUAUAAAAUUAAAAAAAAAGAGAAUGGAAUGAACUUUAAAUCUUCUCCGGGCCGAGACGGCCGACGCAAGGUGAUAUUUUUGCAAAAUGUGACUAAAAAAAGCAAUACAUUGUAAUUUAAUACGUCUUACCUUUUAUUUAGUGACUGUAAGGUGUAUUUUUAAUUUAAUAAUUAAAUAAUAAUAUUAAUAUAAUAAUACAGUAUAUAUAAUAUUAUUCUAUUGUGAAAUGUAGUUAUUGAUUUUGCGGUGAUAUAUAAUAGAGCAUAUAGUUAUCUUUUUUAUGAUGUAUAAAGAAUUCUAAUUUGUAAAUAGGUACUUAAAUGAUGUAACGUGUAAAAAAACAUUGUACAUAUCUUUACGCUUGGUUUAUUUAUAAAGGAGUUAAGGUUUCUAGAAUACAGAACUAAUUGUACUAUAUAUUGUAUGCCAGAGUUCGAGCUGUCAAAGCCGUCAAAGCUUUUAACUGAAGUACCUCUGAUCGGUUUGUUUAUUUUUAUUGAAAAAUAACAGACAUUGGGUUUUAUAUAAAUAUCUAUCAAAUAAUUAUUAUAUUAUGUAUAUAUGAUAAUUUCUUUUUAAUAUAUCUACAGAUUUUAUUAAAAAAAAGUCGAUCAGUAAACACUUAGUAUUCCAUCAAACAUACCAUAGACUAAAACUUCUAGACAUUUUAGAGAGCUUCACGGAUGCAUCAAAAAUGCAUUUACAUGUAGAAAUAAAUCUCCGCUGCAUUUAAUUUGUAUUAUUGUAGAUAAUGGUGAUUAGACCCCAAUACUCAGUGUGAAGUUACUUGGCAAUUAAUACACAAAGCAUUGUGAUUGUAAAACAACUUAUUGUGGACUCUAUCCAGUGUCAUUUAAGGUAUAUUUUUGAUAUUCACAGUUUAUGAAUUCCCUCCGUUGUGGUUGUUGUUGCCCAAAUAUUAUGUUGGUUUAAUUAAAAACUUGGCAUCAACUAAGUCAACGUGACAUUUGUCAUAUGAAAUUUAAACCCAAGUCAAACUUGCGUCUGCAAAGUAAAAAGUCCUACUUGCCACUAAAGUUACUAAACCCCGAUAAUUUUAUACUUUUUAUAUUCUUACAUUUUACCAGAAUACAAAAACUUGGGCUGAAUCUGAAUACAGUUAACGAUAUUUAUUAAUUUUUAGGUCAUAUAUAAAAUUUUAGAUUGAUAAUGUUCAAAUUAAAUUACUAAGUAUAUUUUUCACAGCAAUGUGCAACUUCAACUUACUCAUAAAGAUUUUCAUUUAACAAAAGCGCAAAUGAAAUUUUAAAGAAGUUUCCGCUUUAAACUUUUAUAAUCUCGAUCUCUUUUAUGUUAAAUACGGUCGAAUUGAGAAACCUCCUCCUUUUUUUGAAGUCGGUUAAAAAGAUACGAGUUGAUCAUUUUAUUUAUCAGCUCAUCGAGCAAAUCAUGUUUGAGUUUUUGUAUUAAUUCGAUGUACUUUAUUGAGUGAAAAGAGUAAUUGUUUUGAACGUAAUUUUAGAGUGAGAUCAACAGAGAGUAUUUUGGUACUACUCAAAGUUUAUUUUACAUACAUUUUUUCAGGAGAAGUAAAUCAGGUUCAGUAAUGAAAAAAAUGGCUGAUCUAGAUAACCAUAGACUACAUGACGUCAUUUUGACGGAUUAUAAACUUGUUUAUCUAUAUUCGUCAUCUCUUUGAGAUGUAUAAAAUGUUAUGUGUAUUAAAUGCAGUACGAACAGUUCACGGCGUGCGUGCUAUGGGAAACGAUGUAAGCAUGUACAAUAAUAAAUAUAGAAAGUAUUCUAAUGGAA